AUGGAGCUCACCUGGCUCGCCGAUACACCGCAGUCGCGAACUCGGGCUCGGGCCUUGAAAGCAUGUCCGGCCUGCCAGCGUCGCAAGAAACGAUGCCGACACCUCACGGCAGGCUCAGAGGUCGAAGAGCAUAGACCACCACGAAAAAUUCGGGGUGUGGAUACGACACUCUCGCCUAGCAGUCAUGGCCAUGGCUUGAGCUAUUCUGAUCAUCCGCGAUCAUUUGUGGAUGAUCCUCCGCGGGCGCAAAUGGUGUCUACGAGCCCUUUGCCGACUUUAUCAAGCACGGAGCGGUUCGUGGGUGAUUUAAACCCCGAGGCUGUUAUUCGUGAACGACUUGAUGAGUCGAUUGGGAAUCCUUUGCGAGAUCGUGUCGGACUCUGGAUUAGUUCGCCGGAUAGUGCGGGGGCGACGCGGACGAAGCGACCUGUUGCGAGUACGGAUCCUCUUUCAACAGUACACUCUAGUGAUGGCGCUCUCGAUAGCCAAACAAUAGCUGCUGUACUAUCACAGCGGUAUACAUCAGCGAUGCAAGCAUGCACUCGACUUCCCUUGGCUACACGGGAACCCCUCGCAGCUCUAUAUUUCAGUAAGGUCAACCAGAUCAUCCCCCUAGUAGACCAAACCUCCUUUACCACCCCAACAACCCCAUUCCUCGAAAGAGCAAUCUGCCUCGUCGCAGCCAAACACCCAACCGCACGCCCACACCUCCGCCUCACAGAAACCACACCCACAGUCUCACCCCGACACUUCUGCAGCGAGAUCUACAAAGGGCUCGUCGCAUCCAUGAACGCAAACCUCGAACCAGACCGGUACACGCGCAUUCGAAUCCUCGCAUUAAUGUCGCUCCACUGCGAAGGGUAUGAAGGCGCGGAGGCCGCGUCCCUGCAUUUGUGUGAGGCGAUCCACCAGGCUCAAACGGUGGGUUUACAUUUGGACCGGCCGGGGAGGGAAGAUGGGGAUUCGUUGUCGUUGUUGUUUUGGGGGUUGUGGACGUUGGAUAAGAUGCAUGCUAGUCUGGGGGGGCGGCCGGUUAUUUUGGCGGAUCGGGAUAUUGGGAUUGAGAGGCCUGGCCUGCAGGUGCAGGGGUCUAAUCAGAAUCCCAACCAGAGCCAAAGCCAAAGCCAAGGGUAUACCCAGGUUCGAGGGUCAGGAGUAUCUCAGGGGGCGUUUAAGGUGUGGUUGGCUGUUUCGGAGUUGCUGGCAACCGUGAUAUCCUUCUAUCGACCCUCGGCGGGUGUAACGAGCGGAUGGGAAGAAGGAUUCCCAGCCUUUGAGGAUAUCGUGAGCGAAACAGGAGGAGAUUUGGAUUUUGCAACACUCGGCUUCCUAGAACUAUACUACCACUGCGUAGCAAUCCUAUCCUGCCGCUACAAACUCACCGAAACACUGGACAACACCAAACUCUCCUCCAUCCGCCAGGGUCUCGCCGCAAUACGAAUCCACUCCAUCAUCGCGUCCGAAUGCGCGGGGGAUCUGCCCCCGUUACCGAUAGUACCGUAUGCGCUCUCGUUAUCGAUGGGCGUGUCGUAUCGCCAAUUACGGUCUAGCAGGUUAAUCACGCAUUUUGAUCGUGCGAAGGCUAGUUUGGAGGCUAGUUGUGCUUUGUUGGAGGAUCUUAGUGCGGAGUGGUAUUCUGCUGAGGCGAUGGCGAGGCUUGGACGGAAGGCGUUGCUGCAGAUUGAUGGGCGUGAGAGACGGGGGACGCCGGGGCUGAGGCAUGAUGAAGCUACGGGUAGCAGGUUACAGUCUGUUGAUGAUGGUAAUGGCCCGAUGAUAUCGGGUGCGGAGGCUAGUCAGGGACUCGUUGAGGUGGACUCGGUGCUGGCACCGGUUGUGACGGUGAGUGGUGGUGGGAGUGAAGAGGGGAUGGGCAGUUCGAUGGUGGAUGAUUCGAAUGAAUUGGAUAGUGGGAUGCAUGGGUUUGCAGAUAUUGAUACGUUGUUUGGAGAGUUUUUGGAUUUAUCGCUGCCUACGAACUUUUGGGAUCCUAUUUUUGUGGAGGAUAAUCAUCAUACGAUGUGA